GCUAUGCGUAAAAAACACUCCCACAGUCAAGCACUGAAGGUCAUCCCUUCAUACCUUCGACAAAAAUAUACAAAAGAAAUUGUGUCCUUCAAGACAUUGCACGAUGCAACCACACGUUAACACCGUCAUGGUGGUUAUCCUGAUCUUGACGGUUUCCCUCUCCAGUGAUGUGUACGCGGGUCGAAGAAAAUCGGGAGGAAGUGGAGGUUGGUUUGGAGGUGGUAGAAACAAGCAAAAUAAUGGGGGUGGAGGAUGGUUUGGCACGAACAAAAACCAAGGUGGCUAUGGAUACAACAACAGGAACAAUAACAACAACUAUUAUGGGGGAGGCAAGAAAAGCUCCUCUGGAAUGAAGACCUUAAAAAAGGCGGCUGUGAUUGGAGCUGUGGCAUAUGGAGGCUACCAAUUGGGCAAACUGACCAGCCGAUUCAACAAUUACGGGGGUGGCUACGGCGGAGGCUACGGUGGAGGUUACGGCUUCAGGGAGUGGAAUCGGUGGAGGGAGAUUGAUGGGUUCAUGUGUCGAAAUGAUAACGAUUGCAACUGGAUCGAUAACCGAUUGUAUUGCCAAGACUACGAACUCGACUUCCGGCCUAGUGCUUUGUGGUUCGGAGGCGAUGCUGCACGCAUUGUGGGCGAAUGUGCUUGUCCCCAUGGGAUGGUCUGGGACAACUAUGAAAUGAAUUGUGAGACUCAAUUCUUUGGGAAUGCCAUUGUAAUGGUAUUAGGAACAUUGCUGCUUAUCAUUGUGGGCCUGUGUUGCUGCGCCGGGAUCGCGUUUGCCGUCAUUCGAAACAAAUUUUGAGCCACAGAAUGAUACCUUCUAGCUCUUCUACUUGUGCAUCAAACUAUAACCGGGCCAAAAUGCUUCCACUACCUCCUCAGCCAUCACUCACCAUGCAUACUUGUAAAUGUACAAAACUUGAUUCACCCCUCUUUGUUUGAUACAGUUUGCCGUUUGCCACUAUGAAACGCCGACAAUGAGACAAUCCAUUGCUCCCAAAAGUUAACGAAAUGUAUUAGAAUAUCGAAGAAUUGGCAUUUUGAAGCUCACGGAUGUAUCAAAACAAAAUGUAUUGACGUAUUUCAUUGCCAUUAACAACUGAUUCUUACACUCUUGCUGUGAUGGGAAACGACAGAUGUAAAUUACGUUAGUUUACAUAUCUGUAAAUCCAUUGCUUAUUAUUGAAUCGACUAAAUACUAAAUGCUUCGCUUUACACAUUACCUUUACAUCGUAAUAAAUAUGAACCACACUAAUGCCAAACGGCAUUUGUGUGGUUAUUAAGCCAAAGGACGGGAUUUCUUUGGGAGCCAUUGCCAUGUUCUUCAGCUAAGCAUUUCACAGCAAUUUUUGUGUUGUGCUUCUUCUCAGUUGAACCAAUGCCCUUACCGUGGACGGCUCUCAUUGGAGAACAAGCUGGGAGUUACACAGCACAUUCUCUACCUUUCCAACUUGGAUUGAAAGGCACGGCGAGUAGUAGAAAAGAACUUCCCGUCUUGGUCGGGGGAAGUGUGAUACGGAUUGCACGACAAUGAGGUCUGUUCAAGUGUUAUGCCUUGUGAUAUUCUCUGUGAUAUUUAAACCCACUAAUGGACAAAUCAAGAUCGAGAAGAAGAAGGAGUUUAUCACCCAAGACCGAGAUGAAACCGAAUUGGAGAAGGAAAUCUAUACUUCCACUCAACAGCUGGAACAAUUUUUCCUGACGGAACAACGCUACGUAGAAGAUGUCAAGGCAAUCAUUGACAAGAAAUUGGUCUCUGUCGACGCUCAAGGAGCUUUGGGUGCCUAUGUUGCCAGCUAUGAGGAUAUCAUUGGUGAACAAGACGAAGAUGAAACCUUCAUGCACAAUCCUCUCAAUGUGUACAACUUGAUUCGACAUGUGGCAGUGGGUUGGGGUAUCAUUGAGGAUACCCUCGAGAAAGAAAAGUCAACCAAGGGCGGAAACCUCCCCAAACGAUGCAAACGCGUUUUAGCUCGUCGGAAGCGAGAUCAUGUCCCCGGAGCCGCCGAUUUGGAUGGCGUGGCUGUGGGUAUUGUCAGACUUCAUGAUUACUAUAAAUUCAACACCACCUCAUUCGUGGAGGAGGGCAUCUUCGAAACCGAUGAAUGGAGGGCUGAAACGAACGGCGACCUCACUGUGUGGGAUGCUUUCAAAAUUGGCGUGAAGGGCACGAACCAAAUGCUUUUAGGCAGUGGAAUCGACAUUAUGCUCAAUGCUUUGGAGAAGGCUAAAGCCGAUGGAAUGGUCACAACACCGCCUUUCAUCGAAGCUUUGGACUUGAAGGUGCUGAAAAAUCUGAUCAAGACUGCCAAGACAGUCCACGACCAGAAGUUGGACCGAUGGGGACCCAGAACGGCAACCCACAGUACCAACAGCAUCCCCUACGACAAGCGAUUGGCCAAGAAGAAGAAGUUUGCAAGCCCCAAGCUUUCCGAGGUUGUUCUCAACAAUGCCAGGAUCAUCGAUAGUGGAACAGAGAAAGAGCAAUACAUGAACCUUUGCCGUGGCAUUGACCUGAGGCCCGAGGACGUGAAGAGCAAACUGUAUUGUAAAUAUGAGCACCGCAAUAAGCCCUAUUACAUGUAUGGACCCAGGAAGAUAGAGAUCGUGAGUUUGAAACCAUACAUUGCCGUUCUUCACGAGUUCAUUACCCCGAGUGAAAGUGAGGAAAUCAUCAGCAAAUCUACACCAAAGCUGAAACGCUCGCAAAUGGUUGGACAAAGACUCAAUGGUACCCUGGAUGAUCGCAGAGUUAGUGAGCAAACCUGGCUCACCGAAAAGGACGCCAAUGCCACAAUGAGACUCACCCAUCGCAUUGACACCUUCUUGGAUCUGGAGUCGGGCUCGACCAACCACUCCGAGCUCUACCAAGUGGCCAAUUAUGGAUUAGCCGGUCAAUAUGACGUUCAUUAUGACCAAGUUUUGAUGGACAAGCGACAUAUGCAGAACCGAGAGGUGUUCAAUAUGUUCGCGGGAGACCGUAUGGCAUCCCUCAUGGGAUACUUGAGUGAUGUAGCUGCCGGAGGUCACACUGUCUUCCCACUGGUCGGUGCCUACAUCAAGCCUAUCAAAGGAGCCAUGGUUAUUUGGUGGAAUAUGGACCAAGCCGGUGGACACGAUGUCCUGACCCGACAUGGAGGAUGUCCUGUCAUGAUUGGUAGUAAAUGGAUUACCAACAAAUGGGUGCGUGCCCAUUCGCAAAUGUUCAAGCGACCUUGCCCCAAAUACACCGGACGACAAAUCAGGGAAUUUAGAAACAUUGACCCAAUGAACAAGCAACGCGGUGGCUUCUUCUCGGAUCCUUAGACACGAAACAACUAUAUUCCAAUUAAAUUUUCAUUCUCCCGCCUAUUCAUUCUUGUGCUAAAUAAAAAUCAAAAAUAAGUUUUCCCAAAGAUGGAAAAAAAACCUGUUGGCUUUUAGCUCUUUUCAAUCGCUGAAGCCCACAGGUUUUGGAUUACAAAGCAGAACUUCUCAAUUCGGAGAACGUGGAGGAAGACGCUCCAGGUGCUUCGUUGUUUUUUUCCAUCAAGAGCUGCAUAUCUACAAUCUUUGCGAUUCGAUCCUUUUCGAAUUGAUUUGUUAGAAUCCGCAGCAGUGUUUUCAAUUUGAGACGAUUUCCUUCAAGGCCGUAUCCAUCAUUGGCCUCAUCCUAGAG